AUGGAUAAGAAGAUCCUUGCCUUGAGUGAAGAAGGAGAUGUGGACUCGCUCGCAAAACUUCUGAAAACAUUGGGUCCUAACCAGCUUGAAGAGUUCAUCAAUGUUCGUGUACUCAGGGGCAAGGGGAACCCUACAACCUUCCUACGAGCUGUGUUCCAUGGUUCCCCCUGUGAUACAGCAGAUGGCACAGCCUUGCGUGUGGGAGUGUUCAAACAUGUGUUAGACCUAGAGCUGCUUGGAGAUUACUUUAUUCCUCUUGUGAUUGCAGGUGCCCCGUGUGAGACAUCAGAUGGCACAGCCCUGCGUGUGGGAGUGUUUAAACAUGUGUUAGAGCUGCUGGAGGGAGGAGAGGUCAGCUCCAAGAUGGGCUCAGAGCUGCUGGGAUUUCUACUCAUGGAGGUUGACUUUCUCCCACCUAGUUCUGUAGUUGAGCUUGCUCAGCUGUUUGUGGAUGCAGUCAAGAAUGGGAAUGUCACAAAUACCAAGUCUCUAGAUCUGUUCUCCAAGCUGUUGUCAUCUCUUGCAUCCAGGGAGACAGUGGCCUAUGGAAAUGGUAACCAGAUGACAGGUGCUGAGUGCAAGAGUCACAUCCUCAACUCCCUCUGUUCCAGCAGAUGGGACUCCAGCUGUGUGAUACACCUGGCCGCUGUCUUCAGGUAA